ACCUGAACCACCCAAAACCCUGCACCGGGUUGAACCUGACUGGUGCCUUACACUGGCCCGGCUACACUUACCCUGCUGCUCAAACCCCAAACCUAAACUCUGACCCUGCACUCCGACCCUGCACUCUGACUCUGGCUCUUGACCCUGACCCUGACCUCCACCUGCCCCACUCGUCCACCUGCUGGAUGGUGCUGCCCCAAUUGCUCCAGGAGGCUGGCAGCGUGCCCGUGAGCGCGUUUGACCCCAGGUAUAGCUCCUGGAAGGAGGGCCACGCCCCCAGGGUACCCCAGGCUGCGGGCAGGGUGCCGUUCAGGCCCUUGUUUCCCGUGACGUCGGCGCGAGCUCCGCCUGCGGCUUGCCAGCGGCGCAGCGAUAAGGUGCCUUGAUGGUGGCUGCGGCAGGGGGAGUACAAGAAGCGACGACCAAACGUCAGUUCGAUGACAUGACUGCAGGGUUUGCAACUUUGACCCGUUCGAGACAGUCGCGAGCGAGGCUCGCGAUAGCGGAAGCGGUAGCGAGCAACUGCAAUCUGACGCUCCACAAGCAAAUGCCUCUUCCAGGUACCCCGGCAUGCGCGCACCUCAGCGCCAGCUGCGCCUCCAAUACUACACGGCCACGACGUUAUCUUCUACAGCUAUAUAUGUCAUAAAUGUAUAUAAAAGCUGGGCUAGGCAAACUGGGCUAUUGGCAAUGUUUGUCCUUCUUUUUCCGCUUCAUGGAGUCAGUAAACAGUUGGUGUCGAAACAGUGUGCACGCCAAUCGUUCAACCUUAAAGCUGUGAAACUAGAAUGGGGUAGCACAGACGACGCCCCCAGGCGCAAUUGACCUGAAGAAGUAAAUGGCAAACGGAGGUCCCAGUAAAGCACCGGUUAAGCUCUCAUCUGUCGUGGAUGCUUCACGGUACGUGAAUGCGUCCACCGCCGCCACGCUCACGGUGGCGGUGCGCGCGCGCCCGCUGGUGCGUGCGGAGAUCGCCAAGGGCGGCCGGCGCGACAUCAUCCGCGUGCUGGACGGCAGGGUGGUGCUGGUGCUGGACCCGGAUGACACCAAGGACUACCUGGACCAGGUGCAGAACCGAACCAAGGAGAAGCGCUACACAUUCGAUGUGGCAUUCGGCGCAAACUCCACCAACCGGGACGUGUACAACGGCACGGUGCGGGACCUGCUCGGCGGCGUGCUGCAGGGCAUCAACACAACCGUGUUCGCAUAUGGCGCCACGGGUAGCGGCAAGACGUACACGAUGGUGGGCUCACCACACGACCCAGGCCUGAUGGUGCUGUGCCUUGAGAAGAUCUUUUCGGACCGCGACACGAUGCACCGGGAUGAGGAGUUCUCAGUCACCUGCUCCUACCUGGAGGUCUACAACGAGAUCAUCUAUGACCUGCUGGUUAAGAACUCGUCGCCUCUGGAGCUGCGUGAGGACCCGGAGCUGGGUGUGGUGGUGGCGGGGCUGAAGCACAUCACCGUCACCUCUGCGGCGGAGAUCAUGUCGCUGUUGGAGGAGGGCAACAGGCGCCGAAAGACGGAGGCAACAGACGCAAACGCCUCGUCCUCGCGGUCGCACGCGGUGCUUGAGAUCACGGUUCGGCGCACGCCCAAGAACCACUACAAGGUGACGCAGCUACGCGGGAAGCUGAGCCUGGUGGACCUGGCAGGCAGCGAGCGCGCGGCGGAGACCAACAACGCCGGGCAGAAGUUGCGCGACGGAGCCAACAUCAAUCGCUCGCUGCUGGCGCUGGCCAACUGCAUCAACGCGCUGGGCAAGGCCAACUCCGGCAAGGCCGCGUCCUACGUGCCCUACCGCAACAGCAAGCUCACGCGCCUGCUCAAGGAUGGCCUGAGCGGCAACAGCCGCACCGCCAUGGUGGCCACGGUGAGCGGCAGCAGUGACCAGUACCACCACUCCAUCAACACGCUCAAGUAUGCGGACCGGGCCAAGGAGAUCAAGACGCACGUGGUCCAGAACGUGGGCACGGUGGAGAGCCACGUGGCCGACUACCAGCGCAUCAUCGACAACCUGCAGACGGAGGUGCAGGACCUGCGCGGCCAGCUGGUGGAGCGGGAGGCCGCAACCGCCCGCGCGCCGCCCAGCAAGCCCGCCAGCUCGGAGGAGGCGCUGCUGGGGCUCAUCGGCAAGCUGGUUGAGGAGAUGAACGAUAACAUCGAGGAGCGCAUCAACCUGCAGAAGGCACUGUUCGAGAUCGAGGACGCCAACCUGUACAACAAGCACGAGCUCAGCCAGCUGGACGAGUUCCUGGAAGCCGGCAAGGGUAACGCGAAGGACAUCACGGAGGCACGGGAGCGGCGAGCCGAGGUCCUCGAGGCCACGCGAGAAAAUGACCGGGAGCGCGAGCGCUACAAGUUGGAGAUUACCGCCAACGAGGUGGCGCGCAAAGACAUCCAGGCCCGAGUGCAGGCCAUCGUGGACUCCAACCAGUCCGCCGCCUUCCUCAACCUGCUGUCCACAUUCAGGCUGCAGGCUCUGCACCUGCAAGAGCUCAAGUUCCAGAUGGCAGUCCGCGACCAGAUCAUCGGCGAGCAGCGCCAGGUUAUCGGUAACUUGUGGAAGAUUGUGGACAAAUCCGGGCUACCUCGCGAGCGGGUGAUGGACAUCGCCAAGGCGGAGGGCAUCAUCAUGGACGGGCUGCAGUUUGGCGGCGACGGCGGGCCGCCCACCGUGGGGCCGGUGCCUAUGGCCGAGGCGCUCAAGGCCGUGAAGCAGGAGAUGGGUCUCACCGACCUGCGCAUCACGCCCGAGAUCGGCAACCGCCGUGGCAGCGACCGCCAGCUGCGGUACCGCGCCUGGCCAGCCGCCAGCGGCGCCGGGGCAGGAGGCGGCGGCGGCCGCGGCAGCCAGUCCGGCGUAGCGAGCCAGAAUGCCGCGGGAGGCGCGGGGUCAGGCGGUGGGGCGCAGCGCUCCGCGUCUGCGGACGCCUCGCCAUACGCAAGUGGGGAGGAGGGCGAUGACAGCGAUGACGAUGACCGCAAGAGCGUAAGGUCGGACAAGAGCCCGCUGAGGGGGCGAGCAGCGGGCGUUGGGCACCACCACAAACACCACCCGCACGCGCAUGCGCACCAGCCGCCAGGCGGUGGCGGCAAGGUUGGUGGUGUGGGGGACAAGAAGCCACAGGGCGGCGGUGUGGGCUCGGGGGCAGCAGCAGGCGGCGCGAAAGCCAACGGCGCGGCACCAGCGGCGCGGCGUUCACGGAUACCCGGCGUGGGCGGAGUCGCCCCCGCCGCGCGGCAAAUUGAUCUUGCAGAUGGUGCCUUUGCGCCGCAGCCGCCUGCGGGUGCGCUGUCAGGGCUGCCAGGCCCGUCGCGGCCGGUCGAACGCAUCAAGUCGGGGCGGCGGGCGGGGCAGCACAAGGCGGCGCCGGCGGCUGACCUCGCGGAGCUGCCUGCGGUGCUGGCAGGGCUGGCAGUAGAGCCGGCGGGGCUGCCGCCGCGGGCUGGCGGGCGGCUGUCAGACGCUGGCGGGGGCGGCGGCGGGCCGGCACUGGUGGCGGGGAGGCGGGCAGGGCAGGGCGCGGCGUCCGCGGGGAUGGACUUUGAUGGGGUGCAGCUCGAGGGGCGGGGGUAUGGCCGGCGGCGACACACGGUGGCGCAUGGGCACGAAAGCGGCGGGCCCGACACGUCCGACGAGGCGCUCGAAUACGUGGGGCUGCAGCGUGUGGGCUCGGACGUCGGGCGGAACGAAGGAGCGGCGCCGGCGCCACCGCCCCAGCCACCACUGAACGAGCGGCUAGCCCGGUUCAAGGGACGUCUCAGCAACGCAGCUGCCAUUGCGGCGGCGCCGCUGCCUGGCGACCUGCCCGGGGGACACCCGCCUCCGGUAGUUGCAGGUGUGGCCGUGGGCGGGGGUAGGCGGUGAGGAUCAUGCACAAUGGCUGGUUCGGUGUGGACUGUACGGUGAGGCUGUUGGUAGUUUUUGGACUUUUGAGUUGGAGGGACUGGCAAGGCGCGGAGUGGUGUACUGAUGAACGGGCUGACAACGCUUAACAUAAGCCCCAUCAAGGGCAUGGGCCGAGGCAGGACCAGCACGGAAUGAUUGAUUGUUCGUGACCCAUACUAGACAAGCUGCUGGCGUCAUGCUGUGAGCGCCGUGUAUGUGCAGUGCAUACUGACAUGUGUGGCGGUAUUUCGCAGUGUACAUAAUACAUGUGCAUAUGCUUGCGUGCUUCUUCCUUGCGGGCUAGGGGGGGUUGUCUUGCUGCUACCUAGCGUGCCGAUCCUUCCAACGGGUGCUACUCUCUCUUACGUUGCGUCUCUUAGGUUACGUCUUCACAGAAUGCGGUACCUAAUGUGCUGGAUAAAGCUCUGAGCCAUUUUGACUAUGACCGUGCUUACUCAUUGAGUAGAACGCAAGGCUCCAUACCACCCUUACCUUCCUGUAUUAAAUGGGACGUGGACCUUCCAAUUCCCCAGAGCUGUAAGCUGUGUUGUCU